ACGACGAGCUGGAUCCCACCGGCAAGGACCUUGAUCCCCUGGCGGCAGAGGAUACCGCAUGGCACGGUAACAACACGAGCUACAUCCCCGGUCUGCUGCGUCUCAGCGACAUAUUCUGGGUCUGGCACGAGGCUCAAACUAUCCCGGCAGCCAUGCUUGGCGGGGCCGAGGCCGCUUUGGCGCGGUACUUGGCCCAAGUGCAGCAGGUGAUCGACUCCUUACCACCGGAGCUCCGAUGGCGCGGCGGGCUGUCAAGGCCGGCGCAUGUCACCGAGGGACACGAUGCUCAAGUAGUCAACAUCUUCAUCACGUCUUUGCAUAUAAGGUCCAACUUGCUGGAGAAAUUCGGAUCGACGUCCGGCAGUCACGAGGAGCAUCAGAGGAUCGUGGAUGAUCUGCUCGAGAUACUGUAUCAUCUUCCCCAGGCCGUGUUCGACGCCAACGGGAGUAGUUUGGUGCCCAAGAUUCGUGAUAUAGGGGCUUCGUACUUGGAGCAGGCUCAGAAGAUCCAGGGAAUGGGAGAUGAUGUCAAGGAGAAGAUGGAGCGUUUGUCACAUACACCCGUUAUCCGGGCCCCAAGCCUGUCCUCCGACAAGCUUCCUCACUUGCGCCGCUCUGAGAACGGCAAUACAAAUCUCAUUGUCAACGGCAAACCCUUCCUCAUGCUCGCUGGCGAGCUUGGAAACUCUGCGCUCAGUUCGGCCCGCUACAUGUCAGAGGUAUGGCCCGCCAUGAGGGCGCAGUCUAUCAACACCCUCCUUGGCUCUGUGACGUGGGAAGACAUCGAGCCUCGCGAGGGCCACUUCGACUUCUCCGAGCUUGAUCGGGUCCUAGCUGGCGCCCGUGAGCACAACAUGCACCUCGUCUUGCUAUGGUUCGGUACCUACAAGAACGGUAUCUCCACGUAUGCACCGUCAUGGGUCAAGCGCGAUGUUAAGCGUUUCCCCCGUGUUCAGGUUCUUCAGGCUGGCGGCGUGAAGAAGACGAUCGAAAUGGUGUCGCCCUUCAGCGAAGAGGCUUGUGCGGCGGACUGCCGCGCCUUUUCAGAGCUCAUGCGUCACCUUGCCCAGGUCGACGCUGAGCACAACACAGUCCUCAUGGUCCAGGUUGAGAACGAGACGGGUCUCCUGGGCGAUUCGCGCGACCGUUCGCAUCGCGCAAACGCGGCUUUCGAGAAGCCUGUCCCGGAGUCGCUGCUGAAGCACCUCUCGACCGUUGAUACCCAUCCGACCUUCAAGGCCCGUUACAGCAAUAUUCCCUCAUCGGGAGAUCACUCGUGGUCCUCUGUUUUUGGCGCGGGCAACAACGCCAACGAAGCCUUCAUGGCCCACCAUAUCUCCACCUACGUCGGUCGCGUCGCCGCCGCCGGCAAGCAGCACUACAACAUCCCUUUCUACACAAACUGCUGGCUCAACUUCGACGACCCCUCUGAGCUGGACACGCGGGACUUUCCCAUCGUCGUCGGUGGAGGUGCCGCGCCGGGAGACUACCCGUCCGGCGGGCCUUGCCCCCACGUCCUCGACAUCUGGCGCCACAACACCCCAGCGCUCGAUUUCCUGGCGCCGGACCUCUACUUCCACCACUACGAGUCCGUGUGCAAGGACUACACGCAGCAGGGCAACCCGCUUUUCAUCCCCGAGCAGCGCCGCGACGCCAACGGCGCGCGCAGGUCCUGGCUCGCGUUUGCGACCUACGGCGCCCUCGGCACCGGCCCGUUCGGCAUCGACACGGGCGCCGAGGCAUUCGGCCGCGAGUACAAGCUUCUGGCGCAGACGCAGGAGCACCUCCUCGCCGCGGGGCCGGCCGACCGCUUCGGCUUCUUCUUCGACGAAGAGCCGUCGCCCGGCAGCACGGAGCGGUGGACCAAGGUCAUUGGCGAUUUUGAGGUCAUCGUAGAGCGGUGCUUUGUCUUCGGUAAGCAGAGCUCCGGCGCCGGCAUGGUUAUUCACAAGGGCAAAGGCAAGUUCCUCGCCGUCGGACGAGGCUUCCACGUCUACUUCAAGAGCGUGAGGCCCGAGGCGACGUUCACCGGCAUCCUGCGUGCCGAGGAGAAGGAGGUCACAGAGACGGGCGAGCUGAGGACACUGAGAGUGUUCAAUGGUGAUGAGACAAGGAGCGGGGAAUUCCUCAUGAUGCCGAAUGACGACCCUGACUAUGGCGGUUUCCCUAUCGCGGUGACGAUUCCUGCGCGGACGUGCAUUGCCGAGCUGGAAGCUUACUGGAUUGCCGAGGCUGAAGAAGACAGGUAA